AUGGUGGUUCCCUCCCUGAACUGCGUCACCGACGGCGCUCCCCCUUCCCCCGGCGACUUCACUCCCCUGAAAUCAACCCCGCCUCCACCCCACACAAACCAACUCCCUCGCAGCCGGCGAGCUAGCGCCCGGAUUCAUGAAACCAAGCAGCGCCAGGAGGCCAAACAGCGUCUGGAGAAGGAGAGGCUCAUCCGGAAGCGGGUUCAGCUCCUGGAUGAGCCGGAGGAGCAGCAAUCCAGUGCCAAGAAACCGCGGGUCUACUCUCGCCGGCAGGAUGGAGAGGGUAUUAACGGGGUUGAGGCCAAACCCAAGGCCGAGCAGCAGCAGUUGCCGGAGCGGGAGCGGGAGAAAAAGGACGAGGAGGUGGAAAGGGCGAUGGAUAAUGCAGCCCGACAAAUCGCGCUAGAGAUGCCGACGAGUGACGUUCUGCCUGCCAGUGGUUUAGCCUCUGGGAAGAGUGCUUAUGCUCAAGUGAAGGACACUCUGAGAACGUUCAACAAGUACUACCUAUCCUUCGUCCAGGAAGAGGAGAGUAGGUGUAAGAAGAAGGAUACCGCCAAGAAAACCCCUAAUUCCAAGUCCCCUUCCAAAUCCAAGAGUCCAAAAUCAAAAAGUCCCAAAUUAAAGAAACCUGGGCGGGGUGUGAAAGCGACUAAACCUGACACUAAGUCAACGUCCAAGCGUCCUGACCUGAAGGCUGUAACUAAAAUGUUAGAGACUAAUGCUGUAAUGUAUCCCAAGAAAAGAAUUGGCGACCUUCCAGGAAUUGAUGUUGGUCAUCAAUUUUAUUCAAGAGCUGAGAUGGUUGCAAUUGGUUUUCAUGGACACUGGUUGAAUGGAAUUGAUUAUAUGGGUAUGGGCUACCAAAAGGAGUACAAGAACUACACAUUCCCACUUGCAGUGGCUAUUGUCUUGUCAGGAAUGUAUGAGGAUGAUCUAGAUAAUGCUGAUGAGGUUACGUACACUGGUCAAGGUGGGCAUAACCUAACUGGUGAUAAACGACAGAUUAAGGAUCAAGUUAUGGAGCGUGGAAAUUUGGCACUAAAGAACUGUGUAGACCAAUCUAUUCCUGUACGAGUGAUUCGUGGUCAUGUGUGCAAGAGCAGCUAUGUUGGGAAGAUGUAUACAUAUGAUGGCUUGUACAGGGUUUCUCGUUACUGGGCUGAGAAGGGUAUAUCUGGAUUUACAGUGUUCAAGUAUGCUCUUAGGAGGCUCGAAGAGCAGCCAAUAUUGACCACUAAUCAGGUACAUUUCACAAAUGGGCGCGUUCCCCAAGCUAUUUCUGAAAUACGAGGGUUGGUGUCUGAUGAUAUUACUGGGGGACUUGAGGAUAUCCCAAUUCCAGCCACAAAUCAAGUUGAUAAUCCACCUGUUCCCCCAACAGGCUUCAGUUAUUUGAAGUCUAUUCAAGUUGCCAAGAAUGUGAAGCUUCCCAAAAACACAGCUGGAUGUGAUUGCAGAGGGAACUGUGUGGACCCGAGGAAAUGUGCUUGUGCAAAGCUCAACGGCUCUGAUUUCCCUUAUGUGCAUCGCGAUGGCGGGAGGCUAAUUGAGGCCAAAGAUGUUGUUUUUGAAUGUGGUCCAUCUUGUGGCUGUGGACCAAGCUGUGUUAACCGCUCAUCUCAGAGGGGAAUGAAACAUCGUCUUGAGGUUUUCCGUACACCAAAGAAGGGUUGGGCUGUGAGAUCAUGGGAUUUCAUUUUUUCUGGAUCACCAGUUUGUGAGUAUGUUGGGGUGCUCAAGAAAACAGAAGAUGUUGAUACUCUCACUGGAAAUGAGUAUAUUUUUGACAUUGACUGCUUGCAGACCAUGAGAGGCUUGGAAGGCAGAGAGAGACGUCUGAGAGAUGUUUCGCUCCCAAAUGGUGAAACCAUUCCAUUUGAGGAGUCGAAGUCAGACAGUGUCCCCGAGUUCUGCAUUGAUGCUGGUCGCAGUGGAAAUGUGGCCAGGUUCAUCAACCACAGCUGCACUCCAAAUCUGUUUGUCCAGUGUGUGCUGAGCUCACACCAAGAUAUCAGGCUUGCCCGUGUAGUUUUGUUCGCAGCGGACAACAUCCCUCCACUGCAGGAGCUAACAUAUGACUAUGGCUAUGUCCUGGAUAGUGUGAUGGGUCCUGAUGGCAAGAUUAAGCGGGUUCAGUGUUAUUGCGGCGGAGCAGAUUGUAGAAAGCGCUUAUACUAG